CGGUGAAUGGUGAAUGGUGACUGGUCGACUGUCCACCCUCCCUCUUCAUCGUAAUCGUAGACGAAGAAGCCAUUCGAGGAACACGAGAAAGCUCUCCGAUAUUUUCGCGACUUCUUAAAGGGUUCGAGGCCCUUUCCCUUUUCUGCAUUUUGCUGCUCGCAAUCGGCUCUGUCUCAGCUCUCGUCGGCAAGUGUGCCAUCCCAAGCUAAUCUUUGCGCUCAUGAACUAAGAAAGAUUUGUCAGAUCUAAAUCAAGCCAACUACGUACAAUGCCGAGAAGUAAUCGGGCCAUGGAUACUCUUAUCCCUGCUAAAAUUAGAAAACGUGGGUCUUCGCCGGCCGCAUCGUCCACGUCAUCUACAGUCCAGCAUUAUAGAUUCAAGAGAGCCAUUUUAAUUGGUAAAAGAGGUGGUUCUACCACUCCGAUGCCCGCGUGGAGGCUGAUGAGUUCCCAAUCCCCAUCUUUGGCUCAGCGGACCAUGGAAUCCCCUCAGUUCUCACCUUCUCAAAGUGGCAAAGGGAAGCUUCAGGAGCCGGUUUCAGCGAGGAAGCUGGCUGCUACUCUCUGGGAAAUGAAUGAGAUGCCGUCACCGAGAGUGAUGGAGGGAUUGGAAGGAAGAAGGUUGAAGAAGGAGGGGAGAGGGAGAGAGAGGGUUGCCAGUUCAGUGCGUUCAGGUUCUCUCCCUCCACAUUUGUCUGAUCCGUCUCACAGUCCUGUUUCGGAGAGGAUGGAUCGAUCUGGAACAGGCAGUCACAGGAGAAGAUCAUCAUCCUUUUCCCAAAGGCUUAGGGUCACAGAGCAAAAUGGUGGCGCUCUUGGUUCUAUUAGCAAUGGCAGUUUAAUGGAGACAGAAAACAAAUCUCAAGCCCAGACACCUCAUGGCCAGAUUGUAGGAGUAAAGACUCGUCUGAAGGAUGCUAGCAAUGCCUUAACCACAUCAAAAGAGCUGCUGAAGAUUAUAAAUCGUAUGUGGGGCCCUGAAGAUCGGCCCUCGUCAAGCAUGUCUGUCAUGUCAGCUUUGCACGCUGAACUUGAGAGGGCUCGCUUAAUGAUUAAUCAAGUUAUCCAGGAACAACGCUCAGAACAGAGUGAAAUAAAUUAUCUGAUGAAGUGUUUUGCCGAAGAAAAGGCAGCAUGGCGAAGCAAAGAGCGGAAAGUGGUUGAGGCUGCCAUUGAGUCUGUUGUUGGAGAACUUGAAAUAGAAAGGAAGUUGAGGGCACGGAUUGAGAGCUUGAACAAGAAACUUGGAAAAGAACUAGCUGAGUCAAAGGCUUCUCUGCUCAAGGCAGUUCAGGAACUUGAGAGCGAGAAGAGAGCGAGAGAGAUAAUUGAACAAGUCUGUGACGAAUUAGCUGGGACUGGUGAAGAGAAAGAUGAGACAGAUGCCAUGAGGAGGGAAACUAUGAAAAUCCAUCAAGGAAUGGAGAAGGAAAGGGAGAUAAUGCAAUUAGCUGAUGUGAUACGAGAGGAUAGGGUCCAGACGAAGCAUUCUGAGGCUAGGUAUCAAAUUGAGGAGAAAAAUGCUGCCAUUGAUAAAUUGAGAAAUCAACUUGAAGCUUCUCUAGGAGCAAAAAAGUCAAAAGAAAAAAGUCGACGCCCACCAAGUCAUGCCAAUAAGGUAGAUAUCUCAGACUACUUGAGUAGAAGUUGUCUCGGUGCUCGUUACAGUGAAGAAAAUGAGGACGAUGGAGGAGACAUAGAAGACGGGAUCAAAUGCAAAGAAGAUUCUGCUGAAAGUGAACUUUAUUCUAUGCAAUUUGAUGUGAACCCCCAUAACAAGAGCUACAAGUGGACCCACACUCAUGUUGUCCCACCAGCUGAAGAAGAGAUGAAAGCAAGGAAGUCAACCUCCGGAAGAGCACCGAGGAGGAGUACUUCCCUGCAGAGGAGUAUAUCUGAUGGAGUUGAAUGGGGCAUUCAGACAGAGAGGUUUCAAAAUGGCGGAAACGAAUUAGAUUGGGAAAAGCUGCAGAUGGAGGGUUAUGGAGAUGAAAUGCAUGCAUACAAGUUGGUAAAGGGUCUGAGGGAUCGAAUGCUGUAUGGUCCUACCACUGGGUCUCCGCGAGCUUUGGGUACUCCAACGAGACGACGGCAAGAGCCUGCAAGUGAUGUGGACAACAUUGCUCAGGAGAGAACCGAUCUGGUGCCCGGCUGUGUGGGGAAGUCGAGGCUAGCUGAGGCUCGAACUGAUGUCUACAAUGUCAGAAAAUCUAGGCGCUGAGUAAUUCAGUAUCCUUGACUUGCACAUUUGUCGUAAUCAUCUAGAGCCAUUUGACUCGGUGGCCAUGGAUGCUAAAUGAAGGUUCAGUAACAAUUAAGUGGUCUAUGAGAUGAGAGAGCAGGGAUGCUGAGCUGUCGUGGCGGAAGCGAUUUCUUACUUGCGGCUGGAAUGAGAGGAGCAGUGUUUGAAUGUGUUUUUCCCCUGCGAGGCAGAAGCAUUAGCAGUAUAUUCUACGAGGAGUUUUUGCGCUGUAGAGAGCUUUCGUUUUGUAACUGAGUGAAGUUGCCUAUGUAUAGGAUGAACUAUUAUGAGCCAGCAAAUCCGUACUUUUUUUU